UCCUUUUACAAAUUCUUGAGAAGACAUCACAGCGCGUUGAUAGUUUUCUCCUUCUCUCCCGACUAGUCUUUAGGGUUUUCAUUGCCUUCUUUGGGCGACCUCUCCGAUGGAGGAGAGCCUUCGUCGAGACGCCGAUGAACCACUGGGGAUCGGAGUGGGAGGAGGGCGGGCGUCGGCGGGAGAGGAACAAGUGGCCGAGGAAGCGGAGCUGCAAGGGCGCUGCCUCGACCUCACGAGCUUUCAGCUCCACGACUUGAGCGAGGUCGAUAUCCCGGACGACCUCGUCGAGCUGGAUCUCACCACCAACAGGCUCUCCCGAUUGGACCCCCGGGUCGGCCUCCUCUCGCAGCUGCGGAAGCUCUCGCUGCGGCAGAACCUUUUCGACGAUGAUGGCGUCGAGCCCAUCUCCCGGUGGAAUGUCAUCGCCGGCUUGCAUGAGCUAGUGCUUCGGGAUAACAAGCUCAGGAAAAUACCUGAUGUUAGCAUUUUCAAGAACCUUCUUGUCUUUGAUGUCUCAUUUAAUGAGAUAUCUUCCUUAAAUGGCUUGUCCAAUGUAGCAAACACGCUCAAAGAGCUUUAUGUUUCAAAGAAUGAAGUCAACAAGAUGGAGGAACUUGAACACUUGCAUUCAUUGCAGAUCCUUGAACUUGGUUCAAAUAGAUUAAGGGUAAUGGAGAACUUGGAAACAUUGACAAAUUUACAGGAGCUGUGGCUUGGGCGAAAUCGUAUUCGGAUGGUCACCUUGUGUGGGUUGAAAUGCAUCAGAAAAAUAAGUUUGCAGAGCAACCGGUUGACAUCCAUGAUGGGUUUUCAGGAAUGCAUCGCGCUAGAGGAAUUGUAUCUGAGUCAUAAUGGUAUUCAGAAGAUGGAAGGACUAUCCACCUUACAGAACCUUCGUGUAUUGGACAUCUCAUCCAAUAAACUUACUGCUAUUAGUGAUAUCGAAAAGUUGACGAGAUUAGAAGACCUAUGGCUUAACGACAACCAAAUACCUUCUCUGAAGGGAAUAGAUCUAGCUGUAUCGGGUUCAAGGGAAAAGCUUACAACCAUUUAUCUUGAACGCAAUCCAUGUGCUACCUCAUCAGAAUAUUCUACCACACUGAGGCAGAUAUUUCCGAAUCUUCAGCAGCUUGAUUCAGACAUUUUUAUGUGAGGGAUCGGAUUGUCUUGCAUGUUGCUGAAUAUGAGUCAGUUUAUCGUGUGCUGGUACAAUUUACUUAAUUUUCCUAAAUUAUUCCUGUAUCUUUGCAUUCCUUUGAUCAUCAAUUGCAGACUUCAAUCUUCCCUUCUGUAGUGUUACCUUACAUUAACACAGGUGGAAUUCGGAGUCCAUACAUUCCUUAAGGUACAUUUCUGGCAUGCAAGUUUGUGAUCUGCUUCUCAAAAUGUUUCUGCUGUUUAAUAUAAGUAUUGGGUUGAGUUAUUCUAUGAA